GAACAGUACUCCGCUUCGGGCUCUCCUAUUUUUGCCGGCUGUUUUGGAAUUUCCAAUUUCGCGGAAAAACAAAAAACAAAAAAUAAAAAACAAAGAAAAACCGAAGGCGAUUCAAUUUAAAUUUAGUUUGGAUUUGAUUGUUUCUUUCUUUCUUCUUCGCUUUCUCGCGGGGCAACUCCAAUCUAAUUUCUUCCUCAAAUCUCCAAACAAACUGUGUUGGCUUCAUCAUCAGGAUUCGGAAAGUUCCCGUUUUAUAAUUGUAUAAUUCCAUUAUCCAGAAUAAUACCAAUAAAUAGAAAAAAUAAAAAUAAAAAACGAAGAAAUUGGUGUAAUUUGGGAUGGGGCAUGUCGGCGGCGGUAGCAGCGUAGGGCUGGUUCAGUCGGCGGUGAAAGCUUACAAUCUGAGAGACGCGUCCAAUUGGUGGCAUGACGUCAAUGACUCUCCUCUUUGGCAAGACCGUAUAUUUCACGUUCUCGCUCUUCUCUACGGUCUCGUCGCCAUCGUUGCCCUGGUUCAAUUGAUUCGGAUACAAUUGAGAGUGCCGGAGUACGGUUGGACCACACAGAAGGUCUUCCACUUUCUCAAUUUUGUUGUCAAUGCAGUUCGAGCAGCAGUGUUUGUUUUCCGCCGGCAAGUGCAGAAGCUGCAUCCAGAGAUUGUCCGACAUAUCUUGCUUGAUAUGCCAAGUCUUGCUUUCUUCACAACUUACGCACUCUUGGUUCUGUUCUGGGCAGAAAUUUACUAUCAGGCACGUGCUGUUUCUACAGAUGGACUGAGGCCAAGCUUCUUUACUAUUAAUGCUGUGGUUUAUGUAAUUCAGAUUGCUAUGUGGUUGAUAUUAUGGUGGAAGCCUAUACCAGUUCUGCUCAUCUUAUCUAAGAUGUUCUUUGCAGGUGUGUCCUUAUUUGCAGCCAUUGGGUUUCUUCUAUAUGGCGGAAGACUCUUCUUGAUGUUGCAGCGAUUUCCUGUAGAAUCAAAAGGACGACGUAAGAAGCUGCAGGAGGUUGGCUAUGUGACAACCAUAUGUUUUACAUGUUUCCUUGUCAGAUGCAUAAUGAUGUGCUUCAAUGCAUUUGAUAACGCAGCAGAUCUUGAUGUUUUGAAUCACCCAAUUCUAAACUUUAUAUAUUACCUGUUGGUGGAGAUAUUGCCUUCUUCUUUGGUCCUUUUCAUUUUGAGGAAGUUGCCUCCAAAGCGCGGGAUCACACAAUAUCACCCUAUUCGCUGAGGAUGGAGAACAUUUGAUGAAAGAAUACCAAGAAUGGUCUUACAAAUACGUGAAGUUUGAGAUGCUUAUCUAACCUCCAUGGAAAACGAAAUGUUGGUUAGAGAGGGAAAAGUUGACCAUUGUAUGCUUUGAGGAACAGCUUUAUUGGAUUCUGAGUGUUUGUUCUCAGCAGGGGGUGGUAGAUUUGUUGAAAAGAAAUGACCUUUUAAGGAUUGUCAAAUAUGUUAGUAUCGUGGUCUUUUAUUUUGAGUGUGUUGAAUCAUAUGACUGGUGCUUUGUUUUUUUAACAGUCUUGAGCAUUCCAUGAAUAGGAAAAGGGGACCCCAAAAAAUGUGAUUUCUGUAUGAUUGCUGUCAUUUACUCUGGUCUGGGUGGGUAUUUUGGGGAGAUUGUGUGAAGAAAACUUGCACUCUUUGAUAGU